AUGAGUUUUCAGAGAAUAGGAAUUAGUGAAAAUAGAAACACUGAUAAUACUUUGCACAUCUCAAAAAAGGAGAAAAAAGAAGCUAAGGGAAAGUGUAGUGUGUAAUAGUUCUUUCAAAAAAGUCAGACCAAAAAUAAGAGUACAUUUUAUAUGCUUAUUAUUAAAAGGUUUAUAUGAAGACUCUUUAACUAUAAAUGGCAUAGAAUAAUUUGAAAAUUAUAAAAAGAUGGUGAAGCUUGAAUAGAAGAGGGAAUCAGGCAUUUGCAUUUCAAGAAUCCUUUUUAAAGAAUCCUUGAGAUAGCGAUUUGAGAGACUACAAAGUAUCAAAACCAUUUAGUAAUUGAUGGCUAUUCCCAAAUAUUAAUAAUUUUGUAAGAUGUUCCUUAAUUUAAACACCAUUUUAUUUAAUUAGACUUUAGCCUUUUAAGAAAUAGUUAUUUUAUUUAAAUAGGAUUAUUAAAUAGAAUUUAAGGUAUAAUAUUUACAGCAAUUCCUAUAAAUUUGGAAUGAUGCUUUUAGUUUGAUUUGGAAAUAUUAUGAAAAUGAGAAACUUAGUUUAGAAGUGAGUAUAAAGGAUUAGUAAUUUUAUUAAAAUGAUGAUAAGAACAUCAUUUUUCAAUAGAAAUUACUUGAUUAUAUACAAACAAAGGGAGAAUUUAUAGAAUUAUAUCCUUUACCAAAUAUGGAGAAUAUUUAAUAAGACAUCAAAAACUAAGAAUAAGAAUCACAUUCAACUAACACCAUCAUGAGAGAUUAAUAACAUUAAUAAAAUAACAAUUAAUUAAAAUAAAUUGCUAUUGGAUUAUAAUUAUAUUACAAUCUUAGAGAUGUAUCCAAUAUGUAUUUGAUCAAUAUUGAAAAAUAUCUGAUUAAAUAAAAAUUUGAUUUGAAUUACAAUAAUGGAAUUUUGACAAUUAUCAAUAAUUUGAUAUCUAGAUAUCCUGAAUGGAUUGCAUUAGUUUAAGGAUAAUAAGACAAAAUAGUCAGAAUCAAUAGAUCUAUUGACAUCAAAUAAUUAAUGCUAGAAUAUGAAUGUCUAGAUUGCAAUUGA